AAUGUCGACAUGAGAAAUGUAAUGCAACGUUUGGAAACUGUAUAUCUGUCGCAAACCACAUCUGUUUGUUCCCUGUUUCAACCUUCCGCUGCUGCAUGCAGUCUGCGGCUGCGUGGUUACCAUGGUUACAGCUCCAAACAUGCGUUCGACGGCCGAGACCGUCGGAUUUAAACAUUAGUUGGAUUAGUAACACAAAUUAUUACACUAGCUUAUACUUAGUGGUGUUGUUUAGAAAGAAUCUUAUCUUUUUUUUUUUGUUUUGUUAAGCUUGUGAAUAUCUGUACAAAUUGUAAAUGGCUGUAAUAUAAAGUUACAACGCUGAAUUUAGUGUACCAAGUUAGCCGGCUAAUUAGCUACCGGUACUUUAAAGCACACAUUCACACAUAACGUGCACAUUUAUCCACUCGGUUCUUCGUCAAAACUUUUGCAGUUGGAGCAAAACCCUGUAAACCACCAGCUGUUCGUUUUUAAAGCCUAACUGAGCAGGAUGUCUGAUGUGGAUGAAGAUGUGGUCUUAUCGGAUGUGGAGAGAGAGGAUGAAGCAGAUCCAAGCGGAGUCGAAGAGGACGAAAAGGUACAGGUUUGCCAUUUGACCAAAGAAACCAUAAGUAAAGGACUCUCAUUACUGUGCCGGACAGGAAAUAGAUUAGGACAUGCGUUUGUCAAACUGGACCUUAAAGACAAACUGAAUGACAUAUCAGCAAUCAGCAGUUAUAUUCACAUACGCUUUCUGGAUGUAUCCAACAACCACCUUACUGAUCUUUCUCCUCUGGCAUCACUGACCCAUCUGCUUUGGCUCAAGGUUGACAAUAACGCCGUGGCGUGCUUCAAAGGGCAACCUUUCGCUCAGCUCAUCUUCCUGCAGUGGUUGAGUGUGGCAGUGAACCAGCUGACAGAUGUAGAUGGACUAGUUGUUCCUGCUUUAGAGAGCCUCAAUCUGACAGGUAACGCCAUUCAGAAGAUGAAUGGCUUUCAGAGUGUCUGUUUUGCGAAUCUGCUAACUCUCGAGCUGAGGGGAAACCAGUUGGAAACCACUGAUGGCAUUAACCUCCCAAAUCUGCGGCAUUUAUAUCUGUCCCAAAAUGCUAUCAAACGUCUGGAGGGUUUGGAGAAAUUAGAGCGCCUCACUAUUCUUCACCUUCGAGACAACCAGCUAGAUUCUCUGGAAGGCCUCAGCCCCAGCAUGAAGCAUCUGCAGUACCUUAAUGUUAGGGGCAAUGCAAUCACAGAUGAGAACGCCCUAAAACACCUUGACCUUGUGGCAAAAACUCUGCAAGCUUUGGUCCUUUCUGAGAAUCCAGUUGCGGAAACGUUGGACUACCGCCAAAAUGUACUGAUACACGCGCCGCAGCUGCAACGAAUCGACAAAGAGGCUGUAUCGCCUGAGGAGAGGAUGGAGGCACGAGGGAGAAUCAGGGAACUUCAAGAAGAGGAAACAUCUGAACCAUAAGAUUUGUAAUGAUAAACAAAAUGAGGAAGCCAAGGAUUGACUUCACUUUCUUGAAACAACAAAAGAAAAAAAAGAAAGAAAAAAAACAGGCCUGUUCUGUAUCGGUUGGUGAUUGUGGUUGCAUCACUGUGUGAUAAGUAUUGUGCAUGUUGAUAUCUUUAUGAUUAAUCAUCCAUUACUUUGUAUAUUACACUGCUGUGUCAUUCCAUUCCCUAUUACAGACUUUUUUACAUUUUUUAACAAUAAAAUGUAUAAAACAUUU